AUCUCAACACACUGACUUCUCAGGUCAGAAAGGAGUGAGAUACACCUACAGGUACAGCACAUCUAUCACCACCACCCUCCAUGGCUCACACGGUGGCAGGAACGGCCUGGCCCUGGACUGCCUGGUGGAUAUCCAGGUGGUCUCCAACUGUCACCUAAUGAUGCAGAUAAGGAGCUCCCAGAUAAAGCGUCUCUCCCCUCAGAGGGAACACUCUGUCCUGCAUUUAAAAACUUUGAGGGAGUCACUGGAGAAAACACGCCUCAAGUUCUCCCUCCAGGGGGGGAAGGUCACAGCCGUCUGUCAUCAGGAGGGGGAGCCGGUGUGGGCCCUCAACAUUAAAAGGGCUCUGCUGAGCAUGCUCCAGACCUCCCCAAAGGUCUCCAAAUUCAAAGACGAGACUGAGACCGACGUCCACGGAACGUGCACCAGCAGAUAUGAGAGACGAGGAGCUGCGCUGCUGAAGAGCAGGGAUCUAAAACGGUGCCAUCGCUCCAGACUGGCCGAACUCUGGCCUCACUCCGUAGCUCUGACUGAAGAUACUAUGGUGCAGAUGGAGCUGCACUGCGUUCAGCGCCCUGGAGAGACGAUGAUGGAAGAAGCAAACUGCACUGAAGUGGUGACACUGGAAGCUUCAGGGCCCAUUAGGACCAAGAGUGUUUCUGUGUUGGUGCUGCUCAAAGCGCAGACAGGAGCCUCUUUAGGAGCAGGGCCCUUAAAUCCUGCUAUACUUACUGACCUGCAGUUUGAGGAUGACGACGCCUCGAAGCUGCGAAAAGCCAGGCUGACAACACCGCAGAAAGUUAUCCAGACCGUCAGAUCGUUAUGCAGGACGGCCUCAGAUCCACAGCUGGUUUCACAAGAGCUCCUGCAGCUGGUGUUCCAGCUUAAAGACAUGACGCUGCCUCAGCUCAAGAUACUUUGGCAAGAGGCUUCUUUCAAGUGCAGAAAUGACUGGCAGCCCCUGCUGGACGCCUUACCAGCAUGCGGAUCUGAAAACUGCAUUCUGCUGCUGACCCACCUGAUCCAGAAUGAGGAGCUGGAGGAGGGGCAGGUUAACUCUUUCCUCACCGCCUUAGCCUUCAUCCCGCAUCCGUCUCCGCAGAUCAUUGGAUUCAUCAACGGUUUUCUGGAGAAGCCGCAGCUACGGUCCAAGGCCAUGCUGGUUGGAUCGUCUCUGAUCCACCAGCUGUGCAAAAGGUCUGAAGCUUCCUGUGGUGAAACUCCUCAGGUUCAGGCUUUCAUGCGAACGCUUCAGGAAACCCUGACUGCAGGCUGCGAGGAAAAGGAACCUCAUCAAGUCAGAGAGCUGUUCUAUGCUCUGAAAUCCAUUGGAAACGUUGGUUUGACUGCAGCUUUUAUUCCACUGCUGAACGGCUGCGUGCUGAACCUCAAAGCUGAGCUGAAGCUCAGACUCGCUGCCGUCCAAGCUUUCAGGCGCCUGCCCUGCUCAGCUGACCGCUCGGUGCUGUUGCAGCUGUACGGAUCGUCCCCGGAGGAUCCGGAGGUCAGGAUCGCUGCGUACCAGCAGCUCAUGCUCUGCCCCCACCAGGGACUGUUUGAAGCGGUGAAGACCACUCUGAGCAGCGAGACGUCCAACCAAG